CCUGUCUCUCCAGCCGGCUGAUCCGAUACUGCUCCUGUUUGAAGUCUUCACACUGCGACAGCACCUGGCUGCCUCCACCGUUCUCUACGCUGAACUCCUACACAGACAAACACACAGAGACAAAUGACUGAGCGGAGCCGGGCAUACAGAUGUGAGACAUCCAACGUCCGGGGCAGCUGUGAUCACGAGUGUUGAAGCGAUUGAACAGGAAGUGUUUCAGUGCCGCGCUCACGCACACCUUCGCAGGAGGAGUUUGAGCUCGAACAGCAGGACCCAUGACUCUGACACGAGGUUCCUUCAGCUACUCCAAUGGCGAGGAGUACCACGGCGAAUGGAAAGAAGGUCUGCGUCAUGGCCUGGGUCAGCUGACCUUCAGCGACGGGACGUGCUACACUGGACAGUUUGAGAACGGCCUCUUCAACGGCUGUGGGGUGCUGGUCUUCACCGAUGGCUCCAGGUAUGAAGGUGAAUUUGUGCAGGGCAAAUUUCAAGGCACCGGCGUCUUCACUCGCUUUGACGGGAUGAGGUUUGAGGGCGAGUUUAAAAACGGAUGUGUGGACGGCUACGGAGUGCUGACGUUUUCGGAUGGAGGCACCGGCUGCAGCCACGAGGGCCUGUUUGAGACCAACCAGCUGAUGAGGAGGGAGAACAGCCAGGGAGCUGUGCAGAGAGCACAAGCAGCAGCCGCCAAGGCCCGUGCUCUGGCCAUGUGACCUGGACUACAUCACCCACAGUGCCCCACUACCAGGAUCAUCCUCCUCUCAUCAUCCUCCUCUUGGUUUGAACAGCUGAUUGUUAUUGAUGAAGAGAUUCAUGUAAUUAUUUUCUUCAGUUUCCUUGACAUCCAGCGUGUUUGACUGCUGUAAUUUAGCAUGUCAGCUGGUUAUUUUUUAAGAUUUUGUUCUUUUACAUAUAUUUUUCUUUCAUAUUUUAUUUCUCACACCUGUAAACAGCAGUAUUCUCCGGAGCAGAAAUCUGUGGCUCUAGUAAGCUGAUAUGUGCGCACGGUAUAGAAAGCCACUGAUUCAGGAUCAGUUGAGCCAAACACAGAUUAAAUGUUCAACACACUGGUGCUAAAUCUGCUUCAGGCUCAGCUAACCUGACAAAACACAACUCUGGAUUCCAAAGUGCAAAUGGACGUAUUCCAGUAAACAUUGAUUUGAUUUUCAUGUCCAGACAUCUGGGUUUAAACUGGGCUAAAUUUGGUUAAAAAGUUUAGAGUUUUUCAGAAGUCUAUGUAGGCUUGGGUUUCGAUAGCACUUUAUAGAAUCUGAAUCUUAGUAUUGAAUCCUAUCAAAUCCCUAAAUGGCUCACUUAUUGAUUCUAAUUAGGUUCAGUUUUCACCAUUUGCAAGUAACUAAAGUUAUGAAUUACUCAAAUUCAAAGACUCAACUUAGAUCUCUAAUUAUCUUUUGUUGCCUGAGAAGGAAGAACUUCUUUAGUGGCAGCCUAAUUAAUUUUUACAACCUGUAGCUACAACCUGAAAAUGAGAUGAGCUACAGAAGUUGAAAUGUCUGACAAGCUGAAAUAACAGCUGCAGCUUACUUUCUUUGCACACCUUAUCAUUAACAAGUUACUAGCUGUAACUUGUGGAGGUCCCAAUUAAAAUUGGAUAUGAUAUGCAUAAAUGAUUCCGACUCCUGAAAGUGAAGUGGCGAGAUCUGUGAGAUCGUUUCAGUAGAGAAGACUCACCACUCUGUUGGUCUGGUUGUGCUGCAAAAACACAGUCCUGUCGCGACUGUAGUGAAGGGGGGGCUUUGUUGUCACUGGCUUGCAGAGAGCAUAUUAACCAGACAACAGCAAGAAGUUUGAUGUUAGCCUUUAGCCUGAUGGAAUCAACAUUAAUUUGUGACAGCUGAUAUAAUCUGCUGUUGGUGAUGUUUUUGCCAUUUUAUCCUAUGAAAUCGACGGUACGCGCCUGCUAGGAAGCCUGAAUUAUUUGCACAUUACCAAGGAAAGAAAAGGUUUGAUUAGAGAUUCAUUGGCAUCAGAGUUUAGUGAAUCCGGGAAUUUUGCCAACUGGAUCCAAAAUGGAACCGGCAUUCUGAACCCAACUCUAUAUUCUGGUUGUAUAUAUAACCAUUGUUUCAACAGCAUUUAAAUUACUAUUUAAGAUGUAAUUAGCCUGCUUCACACUGAAAUAUAGUCAUUUAAAUACUGUUAAAACAAAGGUUAUAUGUAACUAAGAUAUAUAAAAACUUCUGGUAAAACUUUACUUUAUAAGGUCAGUAAUUUCCUAAUCCUUUCCUAAAAACUUCCCAAUAAUUUCCAAGGCAGUUUCCCAGAAGGAACUUGGUACUAAUUAUAGGGAACAUAGAAACAGUGCUGAAUUGAUACACCUUCAGUUAAUUAAUUCCAAUUAACUCCCAAGUUUCCUUAUUACAGUUUAGGGUGUUGUAUCCUGUACAGAUCGUAAAGCCCUUUAAGGGAAUCAGCUGAAAUAACAGAUCUUUGUCUGCGUUUUCCCUCUAAUUAAUACCAAAUUACAUUGUUCUUUCCCAGACUUCCUGGGAAAUAGCUUUUAAAAUACAAAAAAAUAAAACGUUACCAAACUUUCUUUACAGCCAAAUUUAGCCCAGUUUUAACUCACACGUCAAAAUAUAUCUUAACCCUCAAAUUGCCAAAUGAGUGCUUACUGGGUUUCCUGCCUUCCUGUUAAAAGACGCAUUUGUUCUGGCAUAUUGAUCUCUCAUUGGUGCUCUAGUAUUUAAAUAUAAAUAGUUUACUCUAAGUUAGCGAAAUGUCAGAAGGGUGUAGAUCUUGGCUAAAGUAAAUGUGAGCAGUAUGUUUUGUUGUUUUCUUUCACUCAGUGCCGUUACAGCUCAGUCUGAUCACAGAUCAACGUGAAAAUCCCCCUCAGUGCCAACCACACAGUGCCAACAGGCUGCAGCUGAUCCAGAAUCAGUGGCUCGUCAUGAGAGAGGAAGUUGGGGGGGUUGGGAAGGAUGGGGAUGAACAGCUGAGGGGACUGGAAGUGCUGGCAGAGUCGCAGACUGCAGUAAUCAUAGUGUUUUUCCAUCUGGUUCUUGAACCGGUUCCGUUCUUCGGUUUGCAAGGAAAACCUGCUGUUUUUUUGGUUCCAGCUGGGAACCAACUUUUCGGGUUCUGAACCAAUUUAUAUUUGGUUGAAAUGCUCCGAACGGUUCGAAAUUAGGUGCGAGAACCAGAAUGGAGCCAGUUCCAUGCUGGUGGAAAAGGCCUUUGAGUGCAAGAUUCCCCUUCCAGCGAGUUUUACAUUCGUAGAUGAGAAGCCGGCUGCUUUGUCUGCAAAAGCGGCUUUGUGGGUCACGGAGAGGCUCGUCUGAGAAACAGAGGCUGGGUGUCAAGUGACUCUCUGAACUUAAAAGGUUUCAUUCCAGAAAUACAUGCAAAGAAACGGUUUUUCACAUGAAAUUUGAUAUUUUUUAAAAACACUUACGUCUUGUAAGCAAAAGUCUUACGAUCAUUUGUAAUUUUUAUCAGGAAUCCAUAACAUGCUUUACCUUAAUGUCAGGAAUCAUUUACCAAAACAAGGCUUUAUGAUGAUUUCAAAUGUUUUUUCAUGUGUUUUUGAAAUGAAUCUGUUUCCUUCCCCCGGCGCACUUUUUGCCUGGGAGGCAAAAACGCUCUCGUCUGCUUUCUGCAGCUUUUUUUUUUUCUACUUUUCACAUCCCUGAUUAAUGAUGUCACUUUCAAUGUGCAUAAAUCACCAAAAAAUCCCCUAGCCCCCUCAGAAGUGAAAAAAACAAACACAAAAGGGUGUAAGCAUCACUGUUGUGAACUUAACAAAGCUUGUGAUAAGCUCUAACUAACACAUAGUUCAUGCGUGUGUCGUACCUGCUGGGAAUCAGCGUCUGUCUGUGUACUGAGACUGGUGUGUAGACGUGCCAUAUGUGUGUGUGUAUAGUUGUACUGUGGGUUGGUUGGUGGGUGGGUGGGGUAUUAAAUGGGAAAUGGAGUUAAUUGUCGGUUAUGUGAUUAUCUCCGAGUGCGAUUAAUUUAGGAUGUGGUUUGGGGGGCUUACGUCUUCCCCACUGACCAAUUUGACAGCAACAUCGAAAACAGUCGGAAUGAUGGAGGCAUUUCACGCCUUUUAAUUGGCUCUGGGAUCGAGCAGAGACACUGUUAAAUGGAGCCGACUGUUGCCUUUAGAGCUGGUUUUCAGACCCGGGGGUGCAAUAUGCACUUCAAUGAUCGGUCUGUCUUGGACACUUAGUUAUUACCAGGCAAAACCUCGUGACUUUGUUUUUAGUGGUUGUUUUUUUUUUUAACAUUGUUCUUUAUUUAACUCAAUGAUCCCACGUUCUUUCACAGUUUGAGAAAACAUUUAGGGAUCAUGAAACCCUUUAAAACGCACCUUAAAAUCUUGAAAAGUUGCCAUUUGAUAUUAACAUAAAAGCAGCAGUCAUGUGUAACGCUGUCCGUAGUCGAUAUGACUGAUUUCAUGUUUCACUGUGACGAGUCUCCACGAUGGAGGGGGCAGAAAUCCACCCUAAAACAGAAUUCAAUUCAGUUUGAUUCCACGUCAGACAGUUGAAUCAAAACUCAACAAGCAAGAUCUCAAGAGAGCUGAGAAUGUCUCGGUCAAUAUCAUUUCUCUGUGAAAUCUAUCAAGCUGAAUAAAGAGACACUUUAUCAAUCAGCUCUAUUGACUAAAACGAGAGAAUGGUUGAAUGCCAUGCAUACAGUGGAAAGCUUCUUUUUUUUUUGUGGAUGUUGGCAUAUUUUCUGCUUCAGCUGUUAGAGCUACGAUGAAACAAAACAACCACAGGAGACAACCAUGAAGAAGCCUCAAAUUUAAAUGUAUAAUCAAAAGAGCAAAAUGCAUCUUAACAAUGUUACACGACAGACCUGGGCUGUUAAUGUUCACAAAUGUUCACCAUAUUAUCAAAGAUCAUUGGAAGAACAUAUUAAUUGUUUGUUGUCAAAAAAAGCCGUUCUCAACUCAUCCAAUGUAAUUGUUAGCUUAAGCAGUUCCAGAUUUUGGGAAAUAUGUUUAUUUGCUUUCUUGCAGAGACUUAGAUUAGAAUGUUGAUACCACCAUGUUUGCACAAUAUUAAGUUACAGCCAGCUUAGCUUAGCAUAAAGACUGGAAAUAUGGGGAAACAGCUAGCCUGGCUCUGUCCAAAGGCAAAAAAAAAAAAAUCCAGCCAGGCAAGCUGUUUUCCCCUGCUUCCAGUCUUUAUGCUAAGCUAAGCUGUAAUUGCCUGCAGACCAGAGUGAAAUCGAUAUUCUCCUCUCACUCUUGGCAAGAAAGCAAAUAAGUACAUUUCCCAAAAAUUCCAACUAUUCCUUUAAGGGAACAGUCUGGUAUUUGGGAAAUAUGUUUGUUUAUUGUCUUACCCCACAUCAGAUGAAAAGACAGAUAUCAAUUUUAUCUUGUUGGAAGGCUGAAAUUUUUUAACAUUAGCUCGAGCUAUGCUAGCAGUUUCCUCCUGUUUCCAGGCUUUGUUCUAAGCUAAGCUAAACAUCUCUUGGACCUAUACAUUUGGUAUCAAUCUUCUCAUUUGACUCUGGGUAAGACAGCAAUAAAGUGUCCUUCUAAAAUGUCAGACUGUUCCUUUAAGUUUAAACAAAGCUAGUGUAUAUAUUUUUAUAAAUGGAUAGUUCAUGCCAACCUAUUUGGCUCCUAUUUGGAUCAUCCAACAUAAAUAUUUAAAAACAACUCUGAAAGAGGAAGUUCAGGAAGUGAUUUUCUUUGCUAAAACUCGUUAUAAAUUUGAAAUGAAACUCCUUAUUGGAAUAUUCUGUUUUAGAAGUGAUUUCGAACAAUCUGAGGAGACUUAAUGCCUUUUAAAUGGGUUAUUUUAACAAAACAUGUCAAUUUUGAGAUGUCUUGAUUUUUCGUCUUCAUGGAUGGAUGAUAUGUUUUUUUCUGUUGAAUGUAAAAAUUUUUAUUUUUUUUCUCUCUGUGUGUGUUUCAAGAGGCAAAGCCUGAGUCUGUGUUGAGAAAAAAAUGUUUACUUAUGUCACUUAUUCUACACAAUGUGAGGACUGGAGAUGUAACCAUUAGUUCCCCAGUGUUCACCUCUCACAGGCUUUCACACACAAACACACACACACUCCAGCCUAUGCCGGCCUUCAUGGCACAAACCAAACCUAUUAUCAUAAUCACCACUAUAAUGAGAAAAUAAGGAAAGAGCAUGGCUCUGGAAAUGUUGUUCAACAAAAUGAACAACUGGAAAUAAUAAAAAAAAAAAAACAAGUCAUGAACAACACAAAGGGAGUUUAACAAGUGCCUGAACAAAAACCUUCUUCUACUGUGCUUUGUAUACUUUGAAUACUGCCUGACUGUUUUACUAACUUUUUCUUAAGUGUCACUGUUUUUUUAAAAGCUAUUUGUCUUUUUUCUGCUUAAUGAAGAAAAGUAAGAAAGGCAGUGUGGGGGAGGAGGACAGUGGUCGACUAGUAUAUAUCAUACUCUGCUGAGAUUAUAGCCCGAUGAUACGACCGACUCACUGCCUUCACUCAUUCCAGGCCUCCGCAUCUGCUUUGGGCUCAGUUUUGGGCAGAGCAGCUGAUUUCAAAUAUCUCAAAGAUGGAAAGUAAAACACUAGAUGUAACCACAUCUUACAUUAAAGCUUUUAAAAUAAUACAAUUAUUCAGGAAAUAGUUUGAUUUUCAACAGCAGAAGAGCAGGAAAUGGGUCCCACAGGUCCCACAUUAUCUAGCUGUCAACAUUUUAUUUUGAAAUACACCAUGGCUCCAAAUAAGAAUAACUCUGUUAAAAUAAAUGAGAUUACGAUUAUAAUUGUAAAGUCUUAUGUGGCUCUGGAGGAGCUUUCUAAAGUCUGAGUUAGUAACCCUGAUGAUGUCAUAGUGAUGUCAUCAAGGUUAUCUCAGUUUUGGCUUGAAUACUUAUAUACAGAAAGCCUGUGCUACAAACUGUUGAUAUGGGGUUUGGAAGAAGCUGGCAUUUAUCAGGCAGGGAGGGUCUAAUGAAAUACUCUAUUGACUUGCAUAAUGGGAAUUGUAGGCUCCUAACAUGGAGCACUAGAGACUAAAAGUCAGGAAAUCUCGGCCUCUGCUGCUUCAAUUGCAAGUCUCUUGCAAGUCCUCCAGCCAUAUGGAAGUCCAAUACUAAAUUGCUGGAGUACCAUUUUAAAGGGGAUAUUUGUUAAGCCAUUAAAAGACUUAAGUGCCGUACAGUACUGGACUCUGAUUGGCUGACAGGAGCAGCUUUGCAAAUUCAAAUGAGGCAAACCUGGUGUGUUUCUAGUUUAGCUGCUGAUUGGAUGGAUUUCAGUAAUUGUUGAUCGAAGGGACCCAAUCACGACACAGUCCACUGAUGAUAUGUUAACCUCUGUUAAAGCUGGAGUGUGGGACUUUUACAUAUAAAUGAACGUCCGUUACAUUCAAGCCCUUGCUAAAUGAGUUCACACAAUGCUGAUUAACGCUGGGAUUCCACUGGACACGGCUCUAUAACGCCGGUUUUGUUCCGUCCUCCAAGUGGCUUCAUACCCCACCGGGAGCGUUUCAGAAGCAGAGCGUUUGCCUGCCCGACGUUGUUGACUUGUUGAUUUGGUCCUUUUUCCUUGACUUUUGAGCUUCUAUCGUGGGAAAGUAGGUUACGCAGUUAAAUGGUUUCAAUUUGUGUCUGUUUUAGUUUUGUAUUUUGUUGAUAUACGACCGGGAGUCUGCACAGGGUGUUUUAUUUUGAAAAUUGACCGGAUUCUCUAUGUUGUUUCUGUGUCUGACUUCCUGCCCAUCUGCUCUGUGCAGCUUGACGCAGCUUCCGUCAAAAAUAUUCACCACUGCUGGGACGCACUUUGGCUGCGAUCAGCUCCGGCGGCUGCGUCGCGUUCCGGCUGCGAUGCAGCUGUGCCCGGUGGGAUCCGGGCUUAAGCGUAUCACCGCCAGGUAAAUCUCUCUGUAUUACCAGAGUUUUUAAUCUGGUGUCUGUGGCGACAUUCCCGCGCUGGCGCACCGGUAGUGAUGUGUUUUACGUCAACCAGCAAUGAUUGGUUUGCCAGAGCUAAAGGGGGGGCAACCAUAGCGACAGAGGCUACUGCAACUAGCAGUAUGGCAGAGCUCACCUGUGGAAUACGUCAUAAGCACGCCUCAACAGUGUUUGUGUAAUUACUCUCACUGCCAAAAGGAGGAGACAAAAGUUCCGCACUGCAGGUUUAAUAUGAAAUGAUUGUUUCCGUUCAGUCAGGAGCUUCAUAAUCAAUUUCCUUAACUUGAAUUUGGCUUGAAACAGCAGAUUUUUGGUUAAAAGUAAACAAAAGCUAGUGUUCACCUACAGUGGAACAUGCAGACAAAGUGGGCAACUGAACUUAAACUACUGACACCAAAACAUAUCCUUUAAAAUAUUCUGGUAAAUAAAAUCUAUAUAAUGUGAGGCCUUUUGAACAAACCCUCUGACACACGUGUUGUAACUUUCACUCGGGGCUUUGUCCCUGUUUUGGCACCUUUAAACACUGAAAAAGCAUCUGAACACAGAAACCCGAGGUCCGUUGAUGUCACAAAGCCAUAAUGUCACUUUUGUCGUUUCUGAUGAAUUUGUUGCCAGAUGAUGAUGAUGUCACGAAAAAAUAAGCAGUAUUUGGGCUUUAAAAUGGACAUGAAUCCACAAAGGAACAAUAAAGAAAAUGCAUGAAAUUCAA